CACUCGCAGCCACCCAAACCUCAUCAACAAAACGGCGCCAAAAACCAGAGACCUGCCGACGGCCAUCUCCGCCAUGAAGCACCUCCUCCUCCCCUCCCCUCUCCCGCUCCUCCUCCACCGUCCCUCCAAACCCCUCCUCCUCCAUCACCGCCGCCACCUCAGCUGCAUCCCCAGCGCCGCAUCCGACGGCAGCUCCGGCGACCCGUCCCCCGCCACCUCCAAGCCGCCCUCCACCGACACCACACCCUCCAACUCCAAACCCGCCGGCAUCAAGAACCGCCUCCGGGAGAGGAACCAGGCCCGCAGGGUCCAGUUGGAUGCCCCGCCAGCGCCGGUGACGCCGAAGAAGAAGGCUCGUUCGGCGGCGGCGCCGCGGAUGGAGAGGCAGAGGGGGCGGAAGGAAUGGGAAGAGAUGAGCCUGGCCGAUAAGGCCGUGGAGCUGUACGUCGGGGAGAAGGGGCUGCUCUUCUGGCUCAACAAGUUCGCCUACGCCUCCAUCUUCAUCAUGGUCGGCGCCUGGGUCCUGUUCCGCUUCAUCGGGCCGUCGCUCGGACUCUACCAGCUCGACGCGCCGCCGCUGCAGCCCUCCGCCGUAUUAGGCGGCUAGCUGCGAGGGCCGCCGGCACUGAUCUUGAUGAGUUGAGCAUUCGGUCUAGAUAGCUAGCGUAGCGGAUAAGGAAAAGAUUGAGAGAGAAAAGGAUACAAAUUUAAGUAAGUGUGUUGCUUAAUUGCUCCAGUGAGCUGCUUUGAUGUGUGUUUUGUUACAACCAAUGGAGGAAUGGAUUGCACUGCGCAGUUUUGGAGUAAAAGUUUCGAUCUUUGCUGGCCAUUGUGAAUUGUGGCCACGUAGUUUUUGAGCUUCAAGCCACAUUGUAUAAUUACUACUGCACCCUAACUUCCUGAUUUAUCUGUGCAAACCUGAUUGGUUUUGUAUAAACAAGUAGUUAAUUUUGAUA